AUGCUCAGUCACUUUGCGUCACAUCCUCCGGGACUCGCCUUCGAGACCUUCCAUUCUCGAGUAGAGACGUCAACCGAGCUUUUUGAAACAUCAUUGGAGGACUGGAAAGAGAUAGUGAAACGGGUUUCAGAGGAAGAGACUAGGUCUCUGCCUCCGUUGCCAUACCCGGUGGACCAACCGACUCCUGGUUUGGAUACAAGUGCGCGAUUUCAAUGGCUUGAACCACUGGGCACCGGCACUUACGGCCAAGUCUCCAAGGUCCGCGAGGUAUCCACAAACAGCAUCUAUGCUCAGAAAACCAUCAGGGUCCAGAACAGCAAUCGCGCAAAGAACAUUAUUGAACAACAAGUCAAGAAUGAGGUGACCAUCAUGCACAAGUUGCGUCACCAUCACAUCGCCUCUGUGCUUUUCUAUGUCAAGGACGAAACUACCUUCUACAUCAUCAUGCUCCCGGUAGGCGACUAUGACCUGCGACAUUUUUUGGAGGUGAAUUGUGCUGGCUUUCCUCGAACCGAGACACGGCACCUCGAUCAGUGGUUCGGUUGCCUGGCCUCGGCACUGGCAUAUGCACAUCAGGAACGAGUCAAGCAUGAGGACAUCAAACCUUCCAAUAUACUGAUCCGGGAUCAUCAGCCUUACCUCGCCGAUUUCGGUAGCGCGAAAGAUUUCUCCUUGAUGGAAGGCAGCACCUCGACAGACGAGUACAUUGUGGGCACACCAGUGUACUGGCCGCCUGAGCCACUACCACAGCGAGGACGGGCAGCUGACGUCUUUGCUCUGGGAUGUGUCUUCAGCGAAAUGCUCACCGUAAGGCAGCAUAAGUCGUUGCAAGAGUACCGUGAUACGCGCUAUCUCCCUCAUGUCGACAAUCCGUAUGCCUUUCGGACGAAUCUAGACGCAGUUUAUACCUGGCUCCAGGAACUUCCUGAUAAUGUCGGACCUCCGGAAGUCAGGUCUCUUCUGCUGGAGCAGACGAUGAACAUGUUGGCCGCAGACCCCACCCAGAGACCGGAAGCGCGUGUUGUCAAGCGAAAUUUCCGACACGAGCCAGAUGCAUUGUUUUGCCUCAGCUGUUCGUGA